AUGAAAUUGAAAAGAUUUUUCUAAACAGCUGCCAAAUAAGUAUUAGAACAUUAACAAGAAAGUAGUAAUAAUAAAUAAUAAAAAUCUUUUAAAGAAGUCAAGUUUCCGUAUAAUUUUAGAGGAAUGCCUGAUUUUCUUCCUAUAUAAAAAGAACACGAUAAUAUGAUUAUUAAAAACAGCCCACCUGAAAUAUAUGAAGAAUUUUUAAAAAAUUUAAAUAGAAGAAUGGUGUGGUUUAUGAAAGGUUUACAAUCAAACAAUGAUGAGGAAUUUCCUUAUAUGGAAUUAAAUUUUUUCCUAAAAGUUAAAUAAUCAUUAGAAAUAUUAAAAAACAAUGGAUAUAAAGUCCACUUUAAAGAAGAAGACUCUGCUUUACUUUCUAAAAAAAAGGAAAUUUCUAUUUUCGAAACUACCCAUAUAAUAGGCCUUAAUUCAAACCGUGCUUAUAAUUAAAACGUUGAAGAUUAUGAUAUUAAUAGAGAUUUAGAAGAAAAAGGCAUUCUUAUGUUUACUUUGAAAGAUUUUGACCCUCAAGAAUUAGAAUAAAAUGAUAUUUUAGACCCUAAAAUGAUUAGAGAUGAAAAUAAUAAAUUAAUACUAAGGGUUCAUGUCAAAAGUUAUAAUAAAUAUAUUGUUUAAAUUGAAGAUUCUAAUGGAAAUAUAGUUUCGGAAAAACCAGAAACUUAUAUUCAUACAGCCGUUUUUGAAAACUAACUUAGAAAUCCCCCUAAAUUUUCUACUUUAAAAACUACUUACCUUGAAUGGUUAAAACUUUAUAGAAUCCAUAAUGAUUGGAAAUUAGUUGAUUUUGAUAGAUUUUUGUAAGGAAAUAGACUUCUUUAUUCUGAAAAUGAUCAAACGGAAAUAUAUUAAACUAAAGGAUGA